AACACAAAACAACAACAAACAGGUCCAAAAUUCUGACCAACCCGGCCCAUUUCAUUAUCUUCAACGACAACAAGACAACUGAUGUCAAAACAGCACAACGCAAUUCAACAUACCAGCAACAACAAAAACUUCAGCCAACAUCCAAUAACAUCAACAACGGCAAAAUCCCAACGAUGAACAACUCCAAUUCUAACCAGUCAAAACGCAAAACAGUAACAACCAACGGCUACAACUUGACCCGACCCGGCGCGAACACCAAAAAUUCAAAAAACAAUGACCCUCAAAUCACGAAAAUCAUCUCUCUUCACCUUAUCUCUGCAAUUUUGCAGGCCUAGGAGCCAUCUUUGUUGACCUUUGCUUAAGAUUGAGUGUUUCCAAUUCCAAAAUCCAAUCCAAAUCAGGAAGGUGAGUCCAAAUCCGAGUUUUAGGGGAUGUGUUCCUCCAUUUUUUGAAGAUAAAAAAUCAGUAUCUCCUCCUAUAAAUAGAGGAGAUUGAGAAGGAGGAGGAGGGGAUUUUUGGGGGGAAAUUUGGGAAUUUGUAGGUUUGAUUUCUGGAAAACACUUUGAAUUUCGACAAAAUGUUGUUUAAACUCCGGUGUGGUGGGAUAUCCAAUUUGGCUCGUGGUUUCCGGUUCGCUGCCCGGAAGAAGACUCCCUCUCUCGCAUUCCGUUGGGUUAAACCUGAUUUGCAUCGAGUCAAAAGCUCAGAUCCUAGUCCCAAAGGGACUGUUUUGUGCUGGUAUACAGAAGAUAUACACCAUUAUACAGGUUUGGAUAAGGGGAAAUGGAAAAGGAAACUGAUUAUAUGGUUGGAAGGCCAAAAUCUGUAUAUAUUUGACCAGUAUACGGUAUUAUAUUCGCUGUAUAUACACAAAAGGGCAGCAGCAGGAAAACUGAUAUACAGUCAGUAUACAGCUGGGUAUACAUUGCAGAAAUGGACCAAAAGUCCAAGAAGAAUAGGCCCAAAAUUUGGCUAGAUUUGAAAGGGCCCAAUCUUUAACUUCUUUUUCUCUUUAGUUUCCAUUUUAACUUGUUUAUUUGUACUUAUGUGAACACACUAACUAAUUAAUUUAGAUAAAUUUCCCAA